AUGGACACAAUCAAGAAAGCCAUCGGCAGCGCCUUCGACCCUAACACAGACAUCCCUGACCUUAGCGGGAAGGUCUACGUUGUUACUGGCGGCUCUGCCGGCAUUGGAUACGGCAUCGUCGCACAUCUCCUUCAGCACAACCCGUCGAAAAUUUACCUCCUGUCGAACAAGGAAGAGCACGCCGAUGAAGCCCAAGAAGCGCUCAAGGAAUGGGGUGAUAUAAGUAAAGUCGAGUGGCGCAAGUGCAACCUCGAAGACCUAAAGCAGGUGGACGAAGUAGCCAAGUCGCUGGCAAAGGAGCUGGACAGACUUGACGCUUUGGUCUGCAAUGCUGGGCUGGGUGUCGGCGUAUACAAUGAGACGCGUGAUGGUCUGGACAGCCACAUGCAGGUCAACGUCUUCUCGCAGGCACAUCUUACGCUCACGCUCUUGCCUAUACUACAGAAGACGCCUGACUCGCGCAUCGUACACCAAUCCUCUGAUCUGCAUAAGGGCGCUGACUCGAGCAUGAAGUUCGAAUCGAUCCAAGAGAUGAACCAAGACAUUGGCGCAAUGAAGCUCUACAACCGCACCAAGCUAGCACAGAUACUCUUCCUACGUGAGCUGUACUCUCGUGUCAAGGCUGGCGAAUUCGGUCAAGUCACAGAGAGCAGCGGCUUACCGUGGAUCAAUGCGACACACCCCGGCGGCGUGUUAACGGACCAGCAAGAUCAGGCAGUUGAGGCUUAUGGUACCAUGGGAAAGGUUGGAGUCGCAGCAGUUAGGCCGUUCAUGAAGGAUCCCGUAGCUGAAGGAUGUCGCCCGGCCCUGUUUGCUGCCGCGUCACCUGAUAUUGUAAAGGAUCAGAUUCAGAACUCAUACAUUGUUCCUGAUAAGAAGGUCCAAGAAGCGUCCAAGCAGGCCAGAGAUGAAAAGUUGCAAAGAAAUCUGUGGAGGCUGACCAAGGAAGUCUUGGAGUCGAAACUUGGUAGUCUGCCGUACGAGAUGAGAACUGAUGUUGUCAACACAGCGUAG